AUGCAUGCUUGGAUACAGCUGUACAACUCCAGGCCAAGCCAAAAAUAGAAGAAUUCGACUUCAAGACUUGGCUGAGAGAACAAAGAUGUGAUGGUAUUCCUUAACCAAAACAUGAUCUAUGCAGACACCACUAAAUAGCAAGUUCGUGGCAUACAGAAACUGCAUUCAUAUUUCCUUAGUCGUUGCUCCAGAUACUAAGCACAGCAAGUUGUGGAAUUGCUUGAAACAUAAUAACGAUCAAAGAGAAGCACAAAAACUAUGUUGCUCGACGGUAAGACUAAUCUGUCAGUAGUUUGAUACAUUCAAUGGAAACAAAUUUAAAUGAUAUCAUUCCGGAUCUGACAAAAGUAGUCUGGAGUAUCUUGGAACUUAGACUUCUGGUUAUAAUCAGUUUCUUCUUGCAACUAUUCUUAAUACUUUUUGGAAACCGAAGAAAGUACAUAGCAGACACACGGCUACAUAUCAGUGUCUGGUUGAGCUAUUUAUCAGCAGAUUGGAUUGCGACCGUUGCGCUGGGAAUUCUAUCCAAAGACAGCAAAAAUCCUUCAGUGGACCCCAACUUCAUAAUCAUGGCCAUCUGGGCACCCUUCCUACUUGUGCAUCUAGGUGGCCCUGACACUAUUACUGCCUACUCCAUUGAGGAUAAUGAGCUAUGGCUAAGACACUUGCUUGGGUUAACCUACCAACUAGCAGUAGCAGUUUAUGUGGUUUACUGUUCAUGGAACGGCAGCAACCUUAAUUAUGUUACCUUUCCAAUUAUGGUGGCAGGAAUAAUCAAAUAUGGUGAGAGGACUUGGUCCUUAUGGUUGGGAAGCAGCAAAAAGUUCAGAGAAUCCAUCCUCCCUCCUGCAGACCCGGGACCAAACUAUGCAAAAUUCAUGGAUGACUACACUGCAAAAAAAGCUGAAGGAUAUCAAGUUGAAUUGAAGGUUGAAUCUACUCCCUUACUGUUGGAUCAUUCUCAAGGGGCAAUAGCAAAUGAAAGCAUACAGGAUGCUUCCUCUUUGCACAAUGGAUUCUAUUUCUUUACAAUUUUCGAGUGCCUAUUUGCAGAUCUCAUCUUAAGUUUUCAAGACCACCAUACCAGCCAAAAUUUCUUUCAGCAGGAAAAGAUAUCAUGGAAUGAAACGUUUCAAGUGAUUGAGGUUGAGCUUGGAUUGAUGUAUGAUAAGCUAUAUACAAAGGCAGUGGUCACAUACUCCCGCCUUGGCAUUUUCCUCAAAUUUGUGACCUUUUUCUGCACCCUCUCUGCAUUUGUUACAUUUUCUUGUCUCAUAGAUAAAGCACACAUAGAUUUUGACCGCCUUAUUACUUUGCUGCUUUUUGCUGGGGCUAUUUUUCUUGAGAUAUACUCUGUCAUUGUUUUACUUUCUUCAAGUUGGACGUUGCAUUGGUUAAGCAAGCAUAAGACUAAUUGGAAAGUGGAUAUUCUCCACAAGUCCAUCUCAUGUUUUCAGAGAUGUUUUAAACUCUCACACACUCAGAGGUGGUCUAAUCUUAUGCCACAAUUCAAUCUUAUAAGUUUUUGCUUGAAGGAUAAGCCAGUGAAAUGCAUCAAAAUCCAGAAAUUCUUUCGCAUAUAUCAAGUCUUCGAGAAGUCUUACUAUCAAUACACCGAAACCGUCCCCGGGGAAUUGAAAAAACUCAUCUUUGAACAGCUUCGGGAGAAGUCUCAGAAAGCAAACGACACCGAAGCAUGCAAAGCAUUAUGUGCUCAAAGGGGUGAUCGAGUUCUUCAGGAACAGGAGGACUGCCAUGACAUGGCUUGGAGCACUAAAGUAGAGUUUGAUCAAAGCCUUCUGCUUUGGCAUAUUGCUACUGAUCUUUGCUAUUAUUCAGAUGUAAAUGCUAACUCAAGUUGUGCUGUGAUCCAAGAUUGUCAAAUAAGCAAAUUGUUGUCAAAUUAUAUGUUAUAUCUUCUUGUUAUGUGUCCUUUUAUGUUGCCAAACGGAAUAGGGCAUAUCAGAUUUGAAGACACGUGUGCCGAGGCCAGUGAAGUCUUGCAAGAAAGGAAGUACAUAUCAAAAAGAGAACAAGUUUGCCAAGUGAUACUUCGAGUGAAUACAGAUGUUCCACCAUCAAAGGUUAAAGGAGAUCGAAGCAAGUCUGUGCUGUUUGAUGCACGUAGGCUUGCUAAAUCACUAGAGUCUCUAGAAAAGGACAAAAAAUGGUCGAAAAAAGAGAAAUGGGAAAUGAUAAGUCAUGUUUGGGUGGAGAUGCUGUGUCAUGCAGCAAGUCAGUGUAGAGGGCUUCAUCAUGCCAAACAGCUUAGACGAGGUGGUGAGUUGAUCACACAUGUAUGGCUUUUAAUGGCUCAUUUAGGUAUAACUGAACAGUUUCAGAUUUCUCAAGGUCAUGCCAGGGCAAAGUUGAUACUCAACUAAAAUUGUUUUCGUGAUUUUGUUAUCUGUACAAGGUUUCAAAAAGGGUCUUUCACUGACCAACGCGAUUUUGGGUAUUUGCCAUACACAGUUGUGACCUCAUUUGUGUAUUUCUCACUGAUUUCUGCCACUAUCUGUUUUACAUAUGUUGUUAUUCCGUGAUUUAUCCAACAAUAAUUUCCUGUGUAAUUUAAUUUUGAUGGGUUAUUUUA